AUGCAGCGACCGGCGAAGACGUACCUACGGCGGCUUGCUCGGAGUCCACGAAAAUCGUCGUUUCACGGCAGUGCAGAUUUCUUCCCCUUCGAUCGGCCGUACCGGGAAGUGGUUCUGGGAGAAUUAAGGUUGCAAGCUUUUCUCCCAACAUACAAUAGCAGAAUGUCUGGUGAUGAAGAUGUUAAGUUCUCUUUAAAAGUUGUUAUAAACAAACAGAAAAACAAAGUUAUAUUUGUGGAAGCUAAUAGCGACUUCGUAGAUGUCUUGAUUAGCUUCCUCACAUUGCCAUUGGGAGCCGCUGUGAGAGUUCUGAAGAAGCACUAUGGAGAUAAAGAGGCGCCUGUUUUUGGGAGCUUAACAAGUUUGUACAACGGCUUAGCUAAUCUCGACAACAGUCAUUUCUGGACAGAGGGUUGUAAGGAGGUGCUGCUAAAUCCCAUGGGGUCAUUCGCAGAAGAAUGUCGUAAACUGAAACUUGAUAUAAGUGAUACUCAGCCAACUGAAUAUUUCACUUGUGAACACCCGAAUUGUGGACGCGCUUGGUUUACAAGCGUGUACUAUGAUACUGCUAUAUGUUAUUGUGGGAGACCAAUGACACGAAAAGCAGUUGGUAUAACCAAGGAGUUUGCUCCGGCAGUUUUCACCAUAAACACGGCGUCGUUUAUUAUCUCUGACGAUCUUCAGAUAUUUCCUAAUUCGACUGAUCUCAUUCAAACUCUCAUAAAUCUUGGCAUUGCCAACAUGGAUGUGGGCGAGCUGAGGACAGUGACUUUUGGAUUUAAUGAGAUUAUGGAUUUGCUCAUGGUAUCCUUACUCUCCCGUACUCCACUAUCCGACCUUAUACUCUAUAAAAGACAUGUUACGUACGUUGAUGGUCUUGCCCGACUAAAAUUUGAACCCGGAAUUUCGUUUAAAGGGAAGGUGAAAGAAGCAACUUCUAACUCAAAUGAGAUGAUCAUUUUGAAGUUUAUGGUACAAAAGUCUACAAAUAAGUUAUUGUUUGCUCGAGCAGGGGAAGAUUUUCUUGAUUUUCUUUGUAGUUUGCUUGCCAUACCUUUUGGAGCAGUUAGAUACCUUUUGGUCGGUAAAACCUGUCUUAAGGCAAUAGACAAUUUGUACGUAAGCAUAGUGGAUCAUGUUGACGACAAUCAUUUAGCAACUCCAGCUAUGAAAAAUAGGCUGAUGAAAGCCAAGUUACCUCAUGGUUAUAUUUCCGAAAAUCAAAUUCUUCCUCUCACCGGAGAAAGUUUUCCCUAUACUUAUGAUACUUCACCCGAUUUGCAAAAGUUUUCUUCUGUAAAGUUUGUGAAAGGCCAGGGAAAAUAUAUAAGGGGACCAACAAUGUAUAACAUAACCGAUGAUUUAACUGUGACACCUUUUUGUAUGGCCUCAAUGUUCUUGGCUCUUAAGGAGCAGAAUAUUCCUUUAUCUGAUGUCCAGGAACUGGAGCUUGAGAUUCGGUUGGAAGAGGGUUUGAGUAUAUUGAAGGCAUCUCUUACAUCUGCUUCUGCUUUAACCGAUGCCCUUAUGACCAAACUCAUGUUAAAAAAGCAGCCGAAGCAAGAACUGUGAAGUUGCCUGCAGUCUAAGUUGAACUUGCAUCGUAGAUCUAAAUAAUGUUUUGGAACUUUAAUCAUAAUGUCUUUUGUACUCCUAUUACUAGUGUUCUCGAUCAUGAAAAGGACAAUUGUUAUAAUUGUGAUUUUAAA